CCGAGACCCCGCACAGCCCCGCAGCACCGACAGCACCGACAGCCCUCCUCCGGUCCUCCUCGCCUCCGCUCGGCGGCCCUAGCGACUCCCCCUGCUCCUCCGACCUCCUCUCUCCGCCGCGCCUGGAUUUCAUCAUCCGACCUGCAAGAUGGGAAAUGAAGCCAGUUACCCUCUGGAGAUGUGCUCGCAUUUCGAUGCUGAUGAGAUUAAGAGGCUAGGGAAGAGGUUUAAGAAACUCGACCUAGAUAACUCUGGCUCGCUCAGCGUGGAGGAGUUCAUGUCGCUGCCGGAGCUGCAGCAGAACCCGCUGGUGCAGAGGGUUAUCGACAUAUUUGACACGGACGGGAACGGAGAGGUGGACUUUAAAGAGUUCAUCGAGGGAGUCUCACAGUUCAGCGUGAAGGGCGACAAGGAGCAGAAGCUUCGGUUCGCCUUUAGGAUCUACGACAUGGACAAGGACGGAUACAUCUCCAACGGCGAGCUGUUCCAGGUGCUGAAGAUGAUGGUAGGCAACAACCUGAAGGACACGCAGCUCCAGCAGAUCGUGGACAAGACCAUCAUCAACGCAGACAAGGACGGAGACGGCAGGAUAUCCUUCGAAGAGUUCUGUGCAGUGGUCGGCGGCCUCGAUAUACACAAAAAGAUGGUGGUGGACGUGUGAGCGCCCCCCCCCCCGCUCGCUGGAUCCCGCCCCGCCCCCCCUUCCUCCUCGACACUCGCUUUCUCCACCAUCUCUGAAGAUCUGCUCAAGACGUCCGGCAAAACGCUCACUAUGUAACUCAAUGGAAGUAUUCUCUCUCUCUCUCUCUCUCUCUCUCUCUCUCUCUCUCUCUCUCUCUCCUUCUCUCUCUCUCCUUCUCUCUCUCUCUCUUCUCUCUCUCUCUCUCUCUCUCUCUUCUCUCUCUCUCUCUCUGUGAAGCCACUUUUUUCUUUCACAAACCACCGGCCUCACAAAGCCACCUCUGAAGUGUUGUUGAGCUGGAAGUCCUCUUCAAGAGAUUGAAGGACACCGAUCCCACAUUUGGAUGAGGGGGGGAGAAAGGGGAGGGGAGGGGGGGGGGGGGGGCUCAGUGAGGAGGCUGGUUGGCUUGUUCAUAUUUCAUCCUUCGUUUUUUUUUUUUUUUUUUAAGGUUAUUUUUGAUAUUUAUUUUUUGUUCUUGUCUUUUAUAAAGAAGAAAAAAAAUACAAGUAUAUCUCCGGUGGUCUGGCGAGGGGGGGGGGGGGAAGUGUGUAGUACGUGAACACUUGACUUACACAGUACAACUAGACCGUAGGGUAUGAAGUGCCAACCAGAACAUAUCCAGUAACCCAGUUAUUACCCAUCAUCACCAGUCCUCUCGCCGCGACACUUCCAGCUGCACGAGUCGGUUUCAGAUGCAGAACAACAUGUCAGCUGCGUCUUCUUUCUUUUCUUUGCUCUCCUCUAUUUCAGCUUCACACACGAGCCGUUAACGAUUAGACCAGUUCAGCUUCCAGUCGCUCGUCGCAAAAAGCAAUUGGUUAUUUUUCUUUUUUGUUCUUUUGUAAUAAGAUUAGCUAGUUUUAUUUAUACGUGCGAUUGUGUUUGUGUUGUUGGAGACUCUCCUUGUCUCUUGUCAUGAUAAUAGAUUCAAAUAAAAUGCCAAGACGAUGUCUUUUCAACACAAUCUGUGGCUGCAGAGCGACACCUGGUUUACUCUCGAUGAAGUAUUGUGCGUUUCUCCCGACACUUCGUGGAAAUCGUUAAAAAUUUCAAGACCUGUUUUUGGGACAGCGGCUGGACACUGAGAGGAAUAGUUCAAGAGUGAGAUUUUACAUUGUUUGUGCAAGUAUAUAGGAUUUUAAGAGACUUAUCUGCAGGCAGCGUUUUUUAACCAGUAUGUGUAUAUUAGGUGAUCAAUGUGCUCGUCAUCUUUCACAGCGACAGGAGAAGGCAGCUCUGCCUCAGCUUCACGUGAGCCCCUCUGGACUCUGACCUUUCUCAGCCUCGCGCAGGUCGGCUCGGUUUCUCAAACGCAAAACACUUAAAAUCUUAACUUGUUGGCAUGAUCAGUGUGCAAUGGGAUAGACUGUAUAUUGUAGUUAGGUUCUUUUUCUUUUUUGAACGUGUACAUUUCAGAAGUUGGCUUCUUCUCCCACCUUUUUUAGUUUCUGUCACAAUCACCUCAUUUCUCCCCCUUCCACCCACUUCUACAAAACAGGGAGAAAAACAAAAUUUUAACCAAAAUGUUAAUUUCUAAGGGAAAAAUGCUUCCUACUAUGAAUGGCGUUGGGAUGGCUUUUUUUUGCGUUUGGCUUCGGAGGCCGCCCGCCGGUUCGAUCGGGGGUGUUCGGUCAGAGAUGUGAAUCCGGAGUGCUCUGUGGUCCCUCCUCCCAAAGCUCUGCACGGCUUGGGCCUCCCUGUGCUUGCAUGACAUGGAAAUAUAUUUUUUGUUGUGCAUGUAGAUCAAUUUUUUGAAAUAAUCCUCUUGUUUACACAUGGAUGGUGAUGUUAAUAUAUUUAAGAAUUUAAUGGUAUACAAUAUGGAUGUUGCCAAACUUUGGUAAAUGUACACAUAUUAUGAGAGGUAAUCCAAAUGAACUGAACUACAUGUAACUUUUUGUAUUUUUACCCGGGUCAGUGAGAUGCUUCUAUUCCAGUGAAGGUUGCACAUCUGAUCCUGUCUCAAACUGCCACGCACUGUACUCAGCUUAAAGGGGAAACUUUUAUGUUUUUUUGUUUUCUUUCUUUUGUAUAUAAGUAUUUGUUAAAUGCAGUUCUGGCUCUCUGUUCUCUGUAUAGUUCAGACCGCGCUUUAGUUUGUAAGUGCUACUUCUUCUCUGACGGACUUUGGGUUCUUUUUAGUUUGUGUGGGGAUAUCUGAAAAGAUUUAAGUUUGAGAACCUUUUCUUUUUCCCUUUUUCUGCAUGCUGCAUCUUAUGCUGUGGGACUGUUGGAAACUUGAUACUGUAUGAAAAUUAAAUAAAAUUUAAAUAAACUUUGAAAUGUUGAAAGUAA